AUGAGAGUGGGAAGUGGCCGUACGCCGGUGUCUCCCUGGUUGCGCAAGACGCCAUUUUGGGGUGACAGUGAGAGAUAACGGAAAGAUCGAGAAGCUGUCGUUUUAAAGCUUCAUCACCAUGGGGAAUGUAUUUGCAAGCUUAUUCAAAGGCCUGUUUGGCAAAAAAGAGAUGAGGAUUCUAAUGGUGGGGCUGGAUGCGGCUGGAAAAACAACUAUCCUAUAUAAACUCAAACUCGGAGAGAUAGUCACCACCAUUCCCACCAUUGGUUUUAAUGUUGAAACUGUAGAAUACAAGAACAUCAGCUUCACAGUUUGGGAUGUGGGCGGUCAGGACAAAAUCAGGCCGCUGUGGCGCCACUACUUCCAGAACACUCAAGGGCUCAUCUUCGUGGUGGACAGCAACGACAGGGAGAGGGUGAACGAGGCGAGGGAGGAACUGUCCAGAAUGCUUGCUGAGGACGAACUCAGAGACGCCGUGCUGCUUGUUUUUGCAAAUAAACAGGAUCUCCCCAACGCCAUGAACGCUGCAGAGAUCACAGACAAGCUGGGCCUGCACGCCCUCCGCCAGCGCAGCUGGUACAUCCAGGCCACCUGUGCCACCAGCGGAGACGGCUUGUAUGAGGGCCUCGACUGGCUCUCCAACCAGCUGAAGAACCAGAAAUGAUCCAUUCCAGCAGUUUUGAAUUAUUAUUUUUUCGUUUGUUUGUUUGUUGUUUAUUUUUUUUCUGUUUCGACACAGCGGCAGCACCGGAUUCAGGCCCCCCUCUGCGCCCCUCUAACUCCUCUGCCCUGGCUCUUUCUUUCAACGCCUUCCUCCUGCUUUCUCUUCCUCCUCGUCCGUACUCUUGGGGCUCUAGCCUGUGCUGCUUGUGUGUGUGCGUGUGGCUGUGGGUGUGUAUGCCUGUGUGGAUGUGUGGGUGUGAAGGCGUCUCUGUGUAUGCUGGCUGGGAUCGGGAGUAACCCUGGCGUGCCUUUUACACACCUCCUGUGGAAUCAGCAGUCUGGUUUUCAAGCCCCCUCUCUCUCUCUCUCUCUCUCUCUCUCUCUCUCUCUCUCU